AUGAUAAAGGAAUUCAACACCCAAACAACACUCAAUGUAGGGUUGGAGACCCUGUGGGCAGCUCAGUCUAGAGACUUCAUUUUCAUUGUUCCAAAGGUUCUGCCAAAUAUUGUCAAAGAUGUGCAAGUAGUUCAAGGGGAUGGAGGGGUUGGCACCAUCCUCAUCUUUAACUUUUUGCCAGGUAUAUCUCCAGUAAACUAUCAGAGGGAAGUGAUCACUGAGUUUGAUGAGUUAUCUCAUGAAAUUGGGCUGCAAGUGAUUGAAGGAGGCUAUUUGACUCAAGGUUUAUCAUACUACAAGACAACUUUUCAAUUCACAGCAAUAACAGAAGACAAGACUUUGGUCAAAGUGAAAAUCUCUUAUGAUCAUGAAUCUGACAUAGAAGAAAAAGUCAAACCUACCAAGACAUCAGAAUCCACUUUACUUUAUCUUGGGUGCCUUGAAAAGUAUCUCUUGAAUGGUGCUUGA